AUGGACUUCAUGAAGAAGCUGCUGUUCAAUAGUGAACUGGGUAAGAUACUUGCAGAUGGAGUCUUGGAUAUGAGGUGGCACAUGUUUGAAUGCGAAAUUUGGAAGGUUCCCGGCAAGGAUGUUGUCAGAAACCAGCUUGACCAGCCUUUUGCCUGCGUCAAUGUCCAGGACUCUGAAACAUGGGAAGGUUCUGAUAGCGCCUGGCUGAAACUCAACUCUGAGGGGAAAUUCUUCAUGAAGGAGGCAAGCAUGUUUUGCCACAAGGGUCAUCACCUGCUGCAUUGUGGUCCAUCGAUCAGGACAACCUUCCAAGCACUGUUGAUGGCCCAUAGUGUACACAAGUUGAAAGUGAACAUGCAGCAGUUCAUCACUCUCAUCCAGUAUGUCAUGAAAGUAAUGAUGCGCAAGGAGCGUGAGAAUGGAAGGUGGAAAAUUUGCCUGUUGUGCAGUGCAACAGAUGGGUACAAUCACGGAAGACUUUCCUUCCCCCAUAUGAAGCUGCAAGGCAGUAUUCUUGCUGGAACUUGGGGAAAUCAUCUCCAUUGCAACCCUAGCUUGUGUGGGACAGAUAAGAAAUCGGGUUUCUGCCUAGUAAUAAUACCUGAAUUAGAAGCCAGUCUAUGUAUUCCUGUGUACCAUCCAAUCCUAGCUUCAAAAGUCAUUGUGAUCUUUGCAAUUGAAGAAGGAUGUAUGCGAAAUUGGUCAAAGAGGCUUUCCAAGAAUCACAAAGAGGUGUUUUUGAUGUGGAGGCAAGAAGACCAAGCAGAAAUGGGAGACAAGUCAAGCCCACUGCCAGAGAAUCUGUUGCUCGGCAUCUGCUUGAGUGGAUCAGGAGGUGAUGUGAUGACGGGUGGAGGCUUUCUGAACAAGUGUUUGGGCAGUGCUGAGGGUGAACUUGUCAUAUCAGGAGUUGCUCAGAUGCCUCAGAGCAUGUGUAGGGACAGAAGGACAAGGCCAACAUUCAAGAAGGAUAGUGACUGCGUCAAAUUCAUUGUAAGGAUGCCUCAGGACUAUCAGUGA